AUGAGGCAGCGAGAGGUCAGGGAGGUGAGGCAGCGAGGGCUCAGGGAGAUGAGGCAGCAAGGACUCAGGGAGAUGAGGCAGCAAGGACUCAGGGAGAUGAGGCAGCAAGGACUCAGGGAGAUGAGGCAGCAAGGACUCAGGGAGAUGAGGCAGCAAGGACUCAGGGAGAUGAGGCAGCAAGGACUCAGGGAGAUGAGGCAGCAAGGACUCAGGGAGAUGAGGCAGCAAGGACUCAGGGAGAUGAGGCAGCAAGGACUCAGGGAGAUGAGGCAGCAAGGACUCAGGGAGAUGAGGCAGCAAGGACUCAGGGAGAUGAGGCAGCAAGGACUCAGGGAGAUGAGGCAGCAAGGACUCAGGGAGAUGAGGCAGCAAGGACUCAGGGAGAUGAGGCAGCAAGAAGUCAGGGAGAUGAGGCAGCAAGAAGUCAGGGACAUGAGUCAGCAAGAAGUCAGGGAGAUGAGGCAGCAAGAAGUCAGGGAGAUGAGGCAGCAAGAAGUCAGGGAGAUGAGGCAGCAAGAAGUCAGGGAGAUGAGGCAGCAAGAAGUCAGGGACAUGAGGCAGCAAGAAGUCAGGGACAUGAGGCAGCAAGAAGUCAGGGACAUGAGGCAGCAAGAAGUCAGGGACAUGAGGCAGCAAGAAGUCAGGGAGAUGAGGCAGCAAGAAGUCAGGGAGAUGAGGCAGCAAGAAGUCAGGGACAUGAGGCAGCAAGAAGUCAGGGACAUGAGGCAGCAAGAAGUCAGGGAGAUGAGGCAGCAAGAAGUCAGGGAGAUGAGGCAGCAAGAAGUCAGGGACAUGAGGCAGCAAGAAGUCAGGGACAUGAGGCAGCAAGAAGUCAGGGACAUGAGGCAGCAAGGGCUCAGGGCGGUGGAGCCACAUCAAAACCUGACGAGGCAGGAGGAAUGA